GCUGUUUCCAGCAGACAUGUAAAUAAAUGGACUAUUGAUUAUUGCAUUGCACCUGGCGUUUAUAAUACCUCUGUUAUACAAAUGCAUUCGUCCGUCAAGGACGUCCGCUCUCUUCUCCAAACCUCAUGGCGUCCACCACCUCCGCUGUUGAGCCUGCGCCCACGACCAACGGCACAAGUACGAGCACGGCGAACCCUGAAUUAGACGUGUCCAAACUCCAUGCCCUUCCGACCGAACAGCAAGACCUCUUCUUGCUCACCUUCGUCUCCGACUUGCAGAGACAUGUCGAGCAAUUGUCCGCAGAGGGCCUGCCGGCGUAUCAGCAGUCCAUUAAAAAGGAGGUCAUCAAGAUUGUCGGGUUGGGCGCUCCUAUACCAUCUCGCGUGAUUCGCAACACCUUGGGCAGAAUCCUCGCGGACGUGUUCGGACGGGGAAGUCGCAGCCUCCUCUACGAAACGAUUAACGACCUGGUAUCGAUACUGAACGCUGGCAAGGGUGACAAGGAUGUGUCCGCGAAACACGCUGCUACGGUCUGCCUGGGUGCAGUGUUCCGCUCUGCUGGUGACAGCGCCAUCAGUCUCUCUGGACUCGUUGUGGCCAGCUUGCUGAGAGUGCUGAAGAUCUCGCAUACAGGAGCCCGUGGCUGUGUGUUCAGAGCGCUCAGCGGUGUGGUACUUGGUAUUCAAAAUAGCCUGGAUGAAAGCGUUGCUCGAGACAUAUGGAAACAAGCUCGAAGUGCUGCGGCAAAUGAGAAAUCCGCCUUCGUACAGCGCUGUGCGUGCUUGUGUCUUCGCAGCCUGGUCUGCGAGACGAACUACUUCAACAACUCGAGCGACUUCGAUAAUCUGAAAACGACCAUCUGGAAGGCCAUUGACAACACAGUCCCAGCAGUCAGACAUGCUGCCGCUGCCGCACUGGCCGGCGCCCUCAGGGAAGCCUUCUCCGCAGAUGGCAAUGCAGACGUGCCGGUGCUUCGCAAACCGAAAAAGUCCAAAAAGCCGGGCGCAGAACUGGAUGAGGAAGGCGAACAGGAACGUCCUGGUUCUCCUACACCAGGGCCAGGGAAAUCUUCGCUACAAUUGAUGUUGCCACUGCAUGAGAUGUUAAAGGUGCUGUCCAACCAAUAUUGCAGAGCUUCUACAACGAACCGGGCACGUGCUGGCAUCGCAAUGUGUUACAAAUUCCUCCUACGCCUCCUGCCACGCAAGACUCUGGAAGACAAGUACUCUUCUAUCGCCGUCCACAUGUAUACCGAACUUCUCGAUCAUGCUACAAUAUCGAUCAACCGUUACAGACUACUGUUGACCAGGAAACUGGUUCAAUGGUUCCUUGCUGAUGUGACCGGUCUUCUUACGGAAAAUGCUCAAAUCAACGCAGCACGUUCUCUUGUCAAUGACGUUCUGAAGAACUAUCCGCAGGUCAUUCCGGAGCGACGAGAACCAUCAAAACGCAUUCUUGCGGGAGCUCUCUCCACCCUGACCGACCUGCUCUUGCGACUGGGUCCUGCGGCCAAUGUCCUUCAGGACUCGUGUAGGGAAGCACUUUUUCAAGUCGUCCAGCAUCCAAGCCAUACUGUUCAAAGUCAUGCAGUGCAGUGUUUCAAGGCAUUUGUGCACGGAUGUCCAAGCCAACUUGUACGCGGCAUUGAACACGCCAUGUCUCAACUACAAAAAGAGUUUCAACCGUCGUCGGAGGCGAAACAUCCUCAACGCAAAUCGCUCGGCUAUGCUAUGAGUAUUGCUGUCAUGAUCAGCUGCGCCCGUGAAAAGCCGCUGUACGGUUCGAUACAGAUCUAUUCCAAAGUAUUCACCUUUGCGACGGAUCUGCUAAAAUCAAGCGCUGCUGCUGAAUUGCGCUCUUCCGCUAUGCAGGUACAAGUCGCGUGGACAUUAAUUGGAGGACUUAUGAGCUUGGGACCGAACUUUGUGAAAGUGCAUCUAAACCAGCUUAUGCUUUUGUGGAGGAACGCGCUGCCUCCGCCACUGACACACGAGAACGCAACUAGGAGAGGACAUCUGGAGCUGAGCUUCCUUUCUCAUGUCCGCGAAUGCGCACUCAGUUCAUUGCUCAUGUUCCUUUCCUCUUGCAGCGGCCUCGUCACUACUGACGGCUCCAUGCGGAUUACCACGAUGCUGCAUAAUACCCUUCUUUUCUUGGACAAGCUCCCGGCCGCUCGAGAAGCAGAAGAUAUCUCACAGCGGCUGGUCCCGGCACUUCAAUUGCAAGACUUUGCGAUCCUACUACGACGCCGUGUGCUUCAAUGCUUCACUGCGUUGGCAAGCUUGAAGCAUCUGGAUCAGACCGAUGUAGUCUCUCACGCCGACUUGGUGGGCUUGACCAUGCGAACUUUCACAGAUCCCGAACGUCCAGUCAUGAAAAACUUGGAGGCGUCCUUGGCGAAAGCUGCAAGCAACUUCGAGGGACUGUGGACUACUAGUGACAAUUGGAGCUUCGGGGUAAGCAGCGUAGCAGAAAGUUUUGACACGUACCUACCGUUCGAGAACCACCUCCAAACGAACCGCGACGGCUCUCCCGAGCAGGAACUUUCACCCCCUGAUACAUGGGUACAAUGUCCAGCUUUACCUGGGAUAGAGCAUGAUCCAGUCUUGGUGCUGAGAUCAGGGAACGACCCAGACGACUCGGAAAUGAGCUCGCCCGCAACAUCAUGCGUGGACCUGGCCAUCAAGCUCUUCGCUAUCUCAUUGCCGCUACAAUCUCCGCAAGUACAGGAAAGUACAGUUGAGCAGUUAAUCACUGCUGUCUCUCAACCGCUCCAGCGUGAACCUGGCAGAAAGGCUGCGAUGCAAGUCAAUUCAUCACUGGCGCUUCUGUGUGCCCUUGCUGUUGCAAAUAACGAAAGUCCAUACGCCUCCGGGAAAUUGCACGUUGCUGCCCUGAGCGAAGUAGUUGCGGAGCUUCUCGGAAAGUACGCGUGUAGUACGGACCAGAUUCUUCGACAUGUCGCUGCUCGUGCUAUUGGCAGGUUGUGUAACCUUGCAGGUACACAAUUCACCAACAAGCAGGUCAAAUCUCUCAUUGACAUGAUAGUGACCAACCGAGAUCCUAGUGCGCGUGCUGGGUGUGCACUUACUCUUGGUUACAUUCACUCAGAAGUGGGAGCAAUGGCAGCUGGGUUGCACAUGAGGUCGAUCGUUGGAGUGCUCCUCUCAUUGUGCAGUGACAGCCACUCGACGGUACAUUUCUGGGCUCUCAAAGGCUUGAUACAAGUUGCUGAAUCAGCUGGGCUUGCUUUUUCGACAUACGCGACAAGCACCUUGGGUCUGCUUGCUCAGCUUUACUCAAAUGACACUCACAACGAAGAAUCUGCCUCCUUGGCCACGUCAAAUCUGGAGCUGGAACUCUUUACGCCUUGGGCACUGGCUCAAUGUGUCGACAGUAUCAUCAAUGUCUUGGGACCUGACCUGCAAGAUGUCUCAAAAGCGCGAAACUUGAUCCUGAUCCUGAUAGGCUACCUACAAAAAGAAGCAUCGGCGCGAUUGCGUUACGAAAGCUACCAGUGUUUACGCCACCUCUCAAUGUACGCACCAGCGCAUGUCCAGUUUGCCAAAUAUGUUCUGGACCUGCAAGCAAACCUCUCAUCCGAAGAAGAGUUGCUGCAGUCCGCCUCCAUCAAGAGCCUUGGCGAAUUGAUGAAGAGAAAUGCUUCCGAGGUGGCCCGAGUGGCAACCUCCAAGUUAGGUGAUGAUCUGUGGGCACGACUAGAUGAAAGGCCCCAAAAUCAAGCGGUACAGGCGAUGUUGGAGAACUGGAUGCAACAGACGAUCCUCAACGACACUUCCGAAUGGAUAGAAAAAUGUCAAAGUAUAUUAUCGCGGACGAGGGCGAAGGCUCAGCAGCCACCGAGGACCGCUACCACUGCGAAAACAGCCAUGCCCGAUUUGGCGGAUGAAGAAGUGGCAGGCUUCGCUGCUGCUGCUGCGGCUGCUCAGGGUGAAACUGCUGAAGCGGCUGCAGAAGGUCAAGAGUUUCUUCGCUGGCAGACCCGAGACUUUGCCAUGCGUCUGCUCAGCGAGUCUAUGGACAUUAUUCAAGGGGCACUGUCAGUUGACCGUGUCAUUCACGCCGAAGAAGUUCUGCAGGGCAAGAUUGCUGAAGUAAUUCGCGUGGCUUUCUCCGCAUCGACAGCGAAUGUUGUCGAACUUCGCAUCUGGGGAUUGAGAAUCAUCGAUCAGAUCUUGAAGUUGUUUGGCAAAACACCAGACCCAGACUUUCUUGAAGCUUCUCUGCUAGAGCAGUAUCAAGCGCAAAUCAGUUCCGCCUUGACACCAGCGUUCGCAGCGGAUUCGUCACCAGAAUUGGCCGCCGAAGCCAUUGGUGUGUGCGCUACUUUUGUAGCGACAGGUAUCGUCACGAAUGCGGAGCGCAUGGGCAGGAUAUUCAGGGUUAUCGCUGUGGGCGUGGACAAUCUCACUCAACCCAGUCCAGAAGCUGCCAUUGGUGAUCUCAAAAAUCUCAGUCCGAACGCUCAGGCUAUGCUUAAAAUGGCCAUUCUCUCGGGCUGGGCACAAUUGCAGUUGGCUAGUCAUGAACAACCUUACCUGGACGAAAUUCUACAACCUUUCAUACCAAAGCUUGCCCCGCUGUGGUUGACCUCUCUUCAAGAAUUCGCCGGCCUCCGUUUCGAACCCGAAAUUUCAGACACCUUGGGAGGUGAGAUCGCCGGAGGAAACUUAGAUGAGCGGUACGCCUCCUUCAAUCGUGAAGUUCGUCUCAGGUUCUACCAGAGGAACUGGCUCAGUAUUGUGGACGCCAUUGCGGUCUUGGUCGAGAAAGACAGUGAUUCCGUCUUCGACGCCCUUGACAACAAACGCGUAUCUUCUGGCGAUGGGCAAGCUAAUGGGACGACUCUUCAAGGCAAAGAUAUGAGCUUUCGAGAAGAACCCGUUGCCUUCUUUUUCAUCCUAUUUGGUCUGGCUUUCGAGGCAUUGGUGGCUCAAGCUCGAGAGGAUCCUUCCCAAGCAUUGUCGAUUCUGCAGGCGCUGAGGAAAAUCCUGACACCAGAGGUUUGCGGUAAUGCCAUCUACGACGGAGCAGUCUUUGACGAGACGACGGAUACGCUGGGUCGGCUGGCCCUUACAAGCACCAGGGAGACGCAAAGUGUACUCGUCGAAAUCGCCAGGAAUUUGUCAAUGGACCAUCUGGCAGCUAAAAGUCAAGACCGUGACGAGAAACUUUCAGACGAUAUCGAGCAGUUGUUUGAACUGACACGGAUCAUCAUUUUGGUCUUAACAGGACUGAUCCCAACACUGGAAGAUCCACCAGGGUCGGCCUUUCGCGGCCUCGGGGAAGACGGUGUUUCUCUCGUACACUUGUCUUUCCAGGCGCUGGUGGAUGUUGCCUCUGUCUUUCCUUCCAUCAUCCGUGCAGACCUUCAUGCAUGCAUUUUCCACUGCUUCUGUACCAUUCUCGCCACAGGGGUAUGUCAAGAUGAAGUCGUACCACGCAUCAUGCCUGUUUUCAAAGCUUUCCUGAAAGACGUCACGCGAUCUGCUACUGAUGAUGUUGCGUCGAGGUUGGUCAGGGGUUGCCUGCAGCGAAUGUUGGCUGUACUUGUGAUUGCUCAACGUCGAGAGAAUGAGCAUGCAAUUGUCUGCGCCAAGAAUACCUUGCUGUCGAUAACAGUUUUGAUCACGACAGCAAGCUCCGUCAUUCCAGCCAACGACGACCUCAUCAACAAAGCGAUGGCGGAGUUGCUGGACUGCCUGCAGGAUGUGGGACUUGCCAAGGUCGCAGCAGGGUGCAUGCGAUCACUACUCAUGACGCAUCCUAAAACGGCUUGUGAGGAAUACAUCGGCAGGAAUCUCUGGGGACGACUUGUUCCGUUCGUCUGCAAUAUCGAGGCGGAAGAUCCCGAAAGUGUCAAGACACCCUUGACUCAAGCACUUGUGGCGUCUGUGGUGACGAUAGGCGGCAUGGGAAGAUUUGCAGCCAUGUCGAUUCUGGUGCCGGUGCUGCUACUUCGUGCGAGACAAGUUCCGACAGGCACCAACUCGGAGGCCGUGCGAAGGGAAAGUGCCGUAAGACUUCUUGAGCUUGUAGCGGCGGAUCAGCUGGCGUUCAAGACGACAGUGGGGUUACUGGGUGAGGAGCAGCGAUCUGAUCUUGAAGGUCUGUUGAGGGCUACUGGCAUUGGAAAGAGGGAGGACAAUACUGAAGACGAGAACGUCGAAUUGAAGCCUGCUAUUGAGCUGAGGAUGGAUUUUGGAUGAAGUGGACCUUUUAUAUACUCGAGUGUUAGAUAGUAUAUGAUAUCAAGAAUACUGUGACGCCUACGUGUGUCUUUCCACAAAA